AUGGCUGCCACAGAUCAAUCUGAUCCUCAGAAGAAUGAACUAACAGCUGAACACAGAAUGGCAAUGCUUAAGAGACUUAAAGUUGAAGGGGACAGAGUUGAUAGGCUUAGCAAUCUUCCGAUUAAUGUAAAACACCAGAUUCAGCAGAAUUUGCUUAUUGACGAAGCCGCAAGAAUGAGCGUUUUAUCUACUGUGUGGAGACAUGUUUGGCCCUCAAUCCCUGAACUUGUAUUUUCUGCACAGUUUUGCCAGAGCAUGCCGUUAAACACAUUAAUAGACAUCAUUAAUACAAUUCUGUCGCAGCACUAUGGACCCAUUAAGACAUUCUUUUUGGAUAUUUCUUCACUGCCUUCUUUGCGGCACUCAGUUCUCAGUGAAUGGAUGCUUUUCUUGUCAAAAAAUGGUGUCAAGGAUCUCACCCUUCAUAAUACAAAAAAUGUUCCUUAUAGAUUGCCUUCCUUCAUGUAUGCUAUAGAACUCGAAAGGUUGUACCUGUCCAAAUGCGUUUGCAGGCUACCAGGCAACUUUAGGGGUUUCCACAAACUCAAAUUCCUUAAAUUGAAUCUAGUCCUCGUACGCCAUGAUGAAACUUCUAUUUUGUGGAUGCCAAACCUUCUGAAGCUUCAUUUUCGGUCUUGCCAGGGUCUUUAUCACUUGAAAAUAUAUGCUCCAAAACUUUGGUAUUUGAAUUUCUAUAAUAUUGGCCCUAAUACCCUUAACUUGGAUAAUUUUUUGGACUGUCGGAAUCUGACUACAAUUAGAUUUGCAUCAAGAGAACAUCAAAGUAAAGUUAUGAACUUGACCAAUCUUCUUAGUUGUUGCCCUCAAGUUAGUAAUAUUCAUAUGGACAGUUCCUACCUCAAGUCUUUUGCUUCUGGUACUGAAGUAGAGAGGCUCCCCACACGCCUCGACAACGUGAAGUUUGUUCGUUCAUAUAUUGAUUUUGAUGAUGAGGAUCAAGUAUCUUCCAUUCUAACAAUUCUAACAAGUACUCCCAAUGUGAAGGACCUUAUAUUGGACGUGUGGAGCUCGGAAAUUAAAGGUGGCAUGGAAGAAGAUGUAAAUCAUUUCGAAGGACCAGCCUAUGGUACACAAGAAUUCAACAAGCUUCAAAAAUUGAAAAUAGCAGCAUUCCGUGGCUUAAAACCCGAAUUGCUCUUUGUAAGGUUUAUACUUCGCUCUGCACCUCUACUCCUGAAGACUAUCCUCUUAGUAGAUGAAAGUGUUGAUGAAAGCCAAUACUUGAAAAUCUCAGAGGAGUUAAGGGGGUUCCCUCGGGCAUCUCCCAAAUUGGAAAUAAUAAUAUGUAAUUACUGCAAAAACAAGCCAAGUGAGUGA